AAAAUAUAUUUGAUUUUUGAGAACUUCUGAAAUAUUGGGGGGAGAAGCUCACCAACCUGAUAAAAAAUGUCAGGCAGGAAAGAAACAGUGUUGGACUUAGCUAAAUUUGUUGACAAGGGUGUCCAAGUCAAGCUCACCGGUGGAAGACAAGUCACAGGGACGCUGAAAGGAUAUGAUCAACUACUAAACCUUGUCUUGGAUGAAGCCGUGGAGUUUCUUAGAGAUCAGGAUGAUCCGCUCAAGACUACUGAUCAGACCAGGCGUCUUGGCUUAAUAGUCUGUAGGGGAACUGCUGUAAUGCUUGUAUCACCAACUGACGGUACCGAUGAAAUCGCCAACCCGUUUCUCCAGCCAGAUGGGGCAUAGGAUCUAGGGAGCCCUCUUAACUUCAAAAUUUUAUGUUUCAACUGUUUGGACUUGGUCUACUACUAUGUACCAUAACCAUUGUACUAUUAUUUAUCGUAUGUGGUGUGUCACGAUGUUCCAAGAAGACAAGAGUCUCCCGCACUCUUAUUUUUCACCAACCAAAAGAUGACACGUGUAAGAUUUUUAAUGAUGUUUGAGAUUUGUAAUAAAUUUUGGUAGGAUGUCAUAUUGGUUCCAUGUGCUUUCCUUGAACACAAAUUGAUCACCAAUGGGG